AUGCGCCCGGCCCUGGCCCACGGACUCUGCUCGCUGCUGCUCAGCCUCUGGGUACCCAGCUCCUGCUCCAAUGAGAUCCUGGGCCUGAAGCUGCCGUCGGAGCCAGUGCUGAACGCCAACACGGUGUGCCUGACCCUGCCGGGGCUGACGCGGCGGCAGCUGGAGGUGUGCGUGCGACACCCCGACGUCACCGCCUCGGCCAUCCAGGGCAUCCAGAUCGCUAUCCACGAGUGUCAGCACCAGUUCCGGGACCAGCGCUGGAACUGCUCCAGCCUUGAGACCAAGAACAAGAUCCCCUACGAGAGCAUCAUCUUCAGCAGAGGCUUUCGGGAGAGCGCCUUCGCCUACGCCAUCGCGGCGGCCGGGGUGGUGCACGCCGUGUCCAACGCCUGCGCCCUGGGCAAGCUGCAGGCCUGCGGCUGCGACCAGAAGCGCCGGGGCGACGAGGAGGCUUUUCGGCGGAAGCUGCAUCGUCUCCAGCUGGAGGCCAUGAACCGUGGCAAAGGCAUGGUGCAUGGGGUGCACAUGGAGCACAUGCCGGCCGAGACUCCCGGUCUGCAGGACUCCUGGGAAUGGGGAGGGUGCAGCCCCGAUGUGGACUAUGGGGAGAAGUUUUCCAAGGAUUUCCUCGAUUCCCGGGAAACCUACAGGGACAUCCAUUCACGCAUGAGGCUGCACAACAACCGUGUGGGCCGGCAGGUGGUGAUGGACAACAUGAGGAGGAAGUGCAAAUGCCACGGCACCUCAGGGAGCUGCCAGCUGAAGACUUGCUGGCAGGUGACGCCCGAGUUUCGCCUGGUGGGGUCCCUGCUGAAGGACCGCUUCUACGGGGCCACCCUCAUCCGGCCCCACAACCGCAACGCCGGGCAGCUGGAGCCGGGCCACGCUCGGCAUCGCCGCCGGGCUGGCAUCAGCGAGCUGGUUUACUUUGAGAAGUCGCCAGACUUCUGCGAGCGGGAACCAGCCUUGGACUCCUUGGGCACCCAAGGGCGCCUGUGCAACAAGACCAGCCCAGGCAUGGACAACUGUGAGAGCCUGUGCUGCGGCCGCGGGCACAACAUCCUGCGGCAGACGCGCAGCGAGCGCUGCAACUGCAAGUUCCACUGGUGCUGCUUCGUGGCCUGCGAGGAGUGUCGCAUCACCGAGUGGGUCAGCGUCUGCAAGUAG